AUUCAUUCGUAAUUUAAGUAAACAAUUCGCCGACGCAUUAUUUGUUUAUUAACGCUUACCAGUAAUUUACGAAUUAUACUAGGUUUUAUUUUGUAGUAAACUGCUACUAUGGAGAACGUAACGCUUGAAUCAUAUUAGUGAAACAUGUAACAAUUGUACAAUAAUCAAUAUUUACCUACUUCACCUCCAAACGCCACAAAUUUCCCGAAAAUGGAGCGAAUUUGCAGACUGUGCUUGCAGGAUGGCCCCAACCUAGGGCCAGUAGAACAUUAUGCAGUUGAUCGGGCUAAUCAGAACGAUACCGAACCACAGGAUUUCUCCCAGCUCAUUUUUCGUUAUUUGUCCAUUCAGGUAAUUAAACGAGAACAUAACUGGGAUACGGCGAUUUGCAGUAAUUGCCGGUCUGCUAUUUUAGACUGGCACAAGUUUCGAGAAUGUUGCCUUCGCAAUGACCAAAUAUAUGUAAAACUUCUUUCUGAAGUCUCGCAGUCGCCAGUAGACCAAGAGCUGCUGAAGGGGUUAAAUCCUUCCGAACAUGUUAUGCGAACAGACGAACCAAAGGAAAAAGAAGUAAACGAAAAUUUUCGCGAAACAAUCGAUAACGAAAAUCUCAAUUUAUCGCCAAUUGAUUUUUGUGAGGUAAAUUUAGAAGAACAAAGAAGCUCAGCUAGUUUUGACAACGAUCAAGGGGAUAAAUUUAUUAAAGAAUCAAAAAAACCUAAUAAGAAACACAGACGGCCGCAAAAAGAGCGAGCAAACCAAAAUUCUCAUAUUCAACAAUCGGAUGCUUCUGAAGUUGGAAAAACGAAAAAGAAGCGCAAAUCGAAGACCCGUGCAGCAGUUUGUCCGAUUUGUGGAAAGAUUAUCAAAAACUUUUCCGGGCAUAUAAAAACCCAUAGCAACGUAAUAAGAAAACAGUGUCCGUUUUGCCCAAAAGCGUUCGUAACCACCUCCAACUACAGUGCGCAUGUUAAUAUUCACACGCGCGCGAAGUUGUAUAAAUGCGAUCUAUGCGAUAAACAAUACGCUCUGCUAAACGGGUUGAAACAGCAUCGAAAAACGCACUUCAAGGAGCGAGAAUAUCUCUGCCAUGUUUGUGACAAAUCUUUUUACCAACAAACUGGACUAUCACGGCACAAAAAAACUCAUCUCGAGGAGAAACCGUUUGCUUGCGAAAUCUGUAGCAGGACGUUCGGGAGGAGGGACCAUUUAGUGACGCAUAUGAAAACCCAUCGACUGAAUACUGAACAAGGUGAUGCCACUGUUUUGAAAAGGAAUGUUCCAACAUCGGAUGAACAAGCGGCUGUAGCCGAAGGUUUAAAUUGAGAAUACUUUCCACAUAUUGCGUCUGGUUCACACUAAUACCGCAAUAAAAAUAUAUUAAAACAUUA